AGUCUGUAGUCAGUCCCAAGUUCUGUUUUUCUGUUGUCAAACUGAAGACUCUGAGAAGAUGAAGGCUCUCCUUCUACUUAUUCUGACAGUUUGGCUGAACAGCCAGUCCGGCGACUGCUCUCUGUCCUCUUCGUGCUCCUACCCUCCAUCCCAGUGGUGCUCGUCCCUGGAGGCGGCUGUUGAAUGCGGGGCUCUGAAGCACUGCCUGCAGUCCAACUUCACCAGGUCCCGUCAGCCUGGAGAUCCGGUCGAAGUGGGCCUUUACUAUGAGAGCCUGUGUCCUGGAUGCAGACUGUUUCUCACUGAGAUGCUCUUCCCCACCUGGCUCCUGCUGAAUGAAAUUAUGUCUGUGAAUCUGGUGCCCUACGGCAAUGCGCAGGAGACAUCUCAGAAAGGCAAAUAUGUUUACCAGUGCCAGCAUGGAGAGCAGGAAUGUCUGGGCAACAUGAUCGAGACCUGUCUGAUGAACAUGACUAAGAUGGCUUUCCCGAUCAUCUUCUGUAUGGAAUCCUCCACUGAUGUCAUCAAGUCGGCCCAGACUUGCACUCAGGUCUACAGCCCUGAGCUGAAGUGGGACAGCGUGAUGAGCUGCGUCAAGGGGGACAUAGGAAACAAGCUGAUGCAUCAGAAUGCCCAGCAGACCCAGGCUCUGAACCCUCCACACGAAUAUGUGCCCUGGGUGACCAUCAAUGGGGUGCACACAGAAGACCUGCAGAACAAAGCCAUGGCUUCUCUCUUCAGUCUGGUCUGCAGCACGUACAAGGGUCCCAAGAUUGCGGCCUGUGGAGGGAACCAGAAAAACUACAAAACCUACUGUCACAACGAGUAAAGGAGCAGCGCUGCACACGCCUGCAUGCUAGCUCCGUUCCAGGUGUGGCCACUACAUAAGGAACACUGACGAAUGUCUUCCAAUGCUUUUAUAAUGUGUGGUUUUGCAGGUCUGUUUCUACAACGUUCAUGAUUUGAUCACCUCACAUGAUUCACAAAACAUCAAUACAAUUAUCUCUACAAAA